CGACGACGACGGGACGGACAGUUGAUUCCGCUAAUAUGAUGUUAUCCUUUUAGUAUGACUCGAAUAUUUUGUUGAUUAGAGAAUCUCGUUUACAGUUUACUCAUAAAUUCUCAUGGAUUACUAACGCUUUCUCAGCCGAUUGGAAAUGUCCGUACUUUUAACGACGACACCGCACCAGUUAUAACCGACUGGUCAUAACAAUGGAAGAAAGUGAACGGAAGAAACGAGUGUUGAUCUUUCUCACGUUUCUGGCCAGUUGUAUUGGUAUUGCCCUAUUAUCGACGGCGUUAGCCACUGAUUACUGGAUUGUUUCCCGGCUGAAAGACAUCAACUCGAACAGCACCGGUGCGACUGCCGGCGACAACGAGACCUAUCGCUUCGCCAAGCAAAUCCUCACGAAAAACCGGCCAGGUGGCUGGAUUAAUUUCGGACUGUUCCGUGGAUUUGUCCGCUACAAUAAAGGCCUUGGUGAUCGCCAGGCUGAAUUGAAAACUGUGUGCGAUGUGUCGUGUUACCACCUGAUGAUCGUGGAUCCGGAACACAGUAUCGCAUUGCCGGCUGCAUCGACACAACAGCCAGCACAGCACCUGUUGAGCAAUGUAUCCGCUCUUGACCUUUCCGAUGCCGAUCUCCCAUAUGGUGAACUGUGCAUGAGUGAACCCGAAGGUCCAACUAGGAUUUUUCAAAAUGUCCAUCUUUUUAAUUUUGGAUUAUGGGCAGCAACCAUAUUCUUCGUCUGUCUGGGAAUUUUCUUUGGAGUUGUUGCAGCAGUUUACGGACUUCUCAAUACGACAUACACACCUAUAUCUGUAAUCAAUGGGAUUUUCGGCAUGUACAUUUGGAAUGGAAUCGGCGUAUUUUGCAGUGAUAAGUUCCUGCUGUCCAUGUUGAUAUGGGUGAUCCUGUUCUAUACGCACUUCCAGUACAACGUUCUUCCGGCGGAGCUCCUGUAUCCGCGACCGAAGUUCAGCACCUGCGGCAGCGCGGAACUGGGCUUCUCCUUCUGGCUGUGCCUGGUGGCCAUGCUACUGUUUGCCUUUAAUAUCAUUUUAUUAACACUCAAAGACAUUGAACUCAGACGACCUUCCGUUAAGCAUGUUGUGCCUAGCAAUGACAAUAUGUUUAUGUAUUAAACGCAUCUGCACAUUUAAUGGACCGUGUGCGUCCGACUCCGUGCGCCACCGCUGUCAGCCGAUAUUAGAAUGCAAAUAUGUAAUCGAAC